UUCUCCUCCAAUCCAAAGAAGAUGAAGAAGAAGAGAGGCUGAUCGAGUGGGCGGGCCUUGAAUUGCGUGCGAUACUAUAUUGAUAUCAUUCCCAGAAGCAUUGUUCUCAUCGAUCUCCUAGAGUUGAGUAGAUUGGUAAAAGCAAGAAUGAGAGUGAGAAUUACACCGAGGUUGCUGGUUAGGGUGGUGAGUGGUAAAAGGAAUUACGAGCAUCAGAGUGGCGGUGAUGGUGAUGGUGAUGGAAUAAUAAGAGGAAGGAAAAAUAUGAAUGGAUGGGUUUUGUGCAUUAUUAAUAAUACAUUAUUUUGUAGCAGCACAAGUACAAAAGCAGCAGUAGAAGAAGAAGAAGAAGUGGAAGUGGCUUCUUCUUCUAGUGGGAGAAAGAUAAAUAUGUUGAAGGAGGUGGUAAGUCAUAGACUGAGGAGAAUCUUUGUCCCACAUGGAAAAUCCAAGAAAAUAGUGUUGGGGAAACAAAAGUUGGGAAGGUCGUUCAAGUGCUUGGUGUCGAGAUUUUCAGGUAUGUUUAGAUUGAAAAAGAAGAAGGGUGGAUUUAAGUUGAGGAAAUGGAAGAAGAAGAUUAGGAUGAGGAAAAGUAGUAGUGUUGGUGCUGUGAAGAAGAGGUUUGCGAGGAUAAGAAGCUGCAGAAUUAGAAAGGAAGAAGAAAUAGAGCUUUGCAAGAAGAGGAUACUUAUGGGAGAAAAGUGUAAGCCGCUUAACGUCUCUGGAAGCCUUCACUAUGAUCAAAAUGGGGUUUUGUUACCAGAACCACUACUGCUUCCAUUUCCAUGCGAAUCAUGA